AUGCAAUCACUAGUCCUCCCCCCUUCUUCCUUCAUCACCCCAGAGUUCGGACAUUCAAGACUUGAUCCGGGCCCAGGGAGGCUUUCAUUUGAUCUAACUCGAUCAACCAAUGCUCGAAGGUGCAACACCCGGGAUCUCCCACUCCCUCGCUCUAUGUCCGCUUCGGUCCCGGCAGAAGACCCGCUGGAGACUUCUGGAAACGUCAGGCGGCCCGGACAGUCAGAGCUCCAUCGACCGGUAACGGCGGUGGAGUCUUCCACUGUAUCGGCGCCUUCUGGAUUAUCCGCUGGAGUAACGGGGCAGGUUCGCCCUCCAAGAACACCUACUACAACCAUCCACGAGUCAGCAUACUACCGAGUAAUCUCUGGGCCGAGUAAUGAUGUACCUCGACACCCAUUUCCAGUCAGCGACAAUUUCUCCUCGCGCUUGCCAGCCUCGCUCAGCGUCCCGGUAACUUCGCAGCCUUCGGUGCCGACAUUUUCGCAGCCCACCUUUGGAACGUCACCACCUGGGGCUGCUGGCCGGUCACUGACACAGAAACCGACAAGACGAACCAAAGCUCAUGUGGCUUCCGCGUGCGUAAACUGCAAGAAGAAGCAUUUGGGCUGUGAUCCUGCCCGACCUUGUCGUCGGUGUGUUUUGUCCGGGAAAGAAGCAACAUGCGUCGAUGUUACGCACAAAAAGCGGGGAAGGCCGCCCUUGAAAGCCGAAGACGCGUCCCUCAGAACGUAUGCAUCACAGACAGAUAAUUCAGGAACAUCCGGAGAGCAGCAUGCGGCUCAGCCACGGCGCCCCAUGCAUAGGGCUACAUCAUCCCGUGAGCUCAGACCCAUGACAGACUUGCAGGUACCCGGCGGACCCCCUGGGCCCUACGGGAUAAGGGUCUCACCAGGGCAGCCAACAAGAUGGCCGGGUGCUAUAUACUCCCCAGCCAUUGAUCCAUCGCUAUCGAUGCAGCGUAAUAUCGGACAUCGGCGAUUCUCCUCCUCAAGCUCAGUACAAUCCAUGGCAACAGUGUCCCCAGGCAGUUUUGUGCCGAUUGGAGGAUACAGCCCGGUUAUGAGUGCAUCCCAUAUGCCUAUGGGUGUUGGGAGACCGCUGUCAUCAUACGGAAACCAAGUGGUGCACCCCAGUUCUUCUCCACCGCAAUAUUAUCAGCCGUACGGUGUUCCCUAUUCGCCAUAUGCGCCCAAUGCUAGAGUGGUCAGUCGGAUGCCCAUGGGCGAGCAACCGGUGACAAGAGAUCCCCGGGAAAAUGUGGUAGAGUCUUCCGUUAGGCUUCCCCCUAUUUAUCCUCCCACAGUGGGAAACCCCCAACCUGGGCCACAAGGACAUCGACUGAGCGACCCAUACCCAGCGAAUUGGUCACCUCGCACUCGAGAGGAACUGAUGCAGCAGGAACCACGGCAACUGCCGUCACACGGUCACGGAACCAUUGAGCCUAUCUCGCCCAGUAGCCAGAUGCGUCAAGCCGCAUCGGACUUCAGUUUCGGGAGCCAAAUUCCCCGACAUCUGGCACCAGUUCCUCCUAUGCAAGAGCAGUUGCCUCAGGAGUCUCCUGUACAUGCUCGAGAUGAUCAACCAGCCGCUGAGGCCGAGACUGAUGAUUCAAGGCCCGCCAAGAGACGGAAGAUGGCCUUAGAUGAUAUGGUUAACGAUUGAGUGCUUAUCUCGAUCCACAACAACUGAAAGAAACAAACAUAUCCAUGAUCAGAGCUAGCAUAUCCAUUCUUUUCUUUUUCCAAGGACCCGAUGGCCCAUUUUGGUUCUUGAUGUGUAGCCGGACCUACAACAGUUCAUGACCUUCAUGUACAUUUCCUUUGUGGUACGUUUUUUGCUUCUAUUCUGCUUACAUCCGAUAUCUAGCGGCCUGUCAUUUUCCAUAUUCUUCUUUAUCGCCUCAUUUCCUUUGUUAUGCAUUUAGCACAGAUCCGAUCUUUGUCAUUGUUGUGUUAUAUGGUCCAUUUCAGCACUAUUUCCUUUGUUUGACCUUGAGAAUUGCAUAGGCCUUGGAUGUUUGGGUCGACUGGGCUUGUUUCAUACAAUGCAUGGCGCGCUGCGCGUAUCCUUCGAAGAUAUAUUAAUCGUCUUGAGCAUUGGAUUCAGCGUCAUAGACGGCGUUUUGUUUUGGAGUCGGGGGCAUCACCAAGGUUGCUGCAUCAUUCAUUGCAUAUUCAAAAGGAGCAUUCGUAUCUUCUUUAGUCUUUCUUUCCUGUCUGAUUUUAUUAUGAAGGGCCUUUUCAUAUGCUGGCUCUGUG